CCCUCCCCGGGGCGGUGCCGGUGCCGCGGGCGGCGGCGGCGGCGCGGGCGGCGGCGGCGGCGCGGGGCCAUGGUGAAGAUCGGCGUCCAGCAGCCGCCGGCGGCCCUCAAGCCGGAGAAGGAGAAGGAGAAGGCGGGGGGCGAUGGGGCGGCGGGCACCGUGCUGCUGCCCCCGGGCGCCGAGGAGCCAGCUCCCACGGUGCAGGGCAGGAGGUCAUCGCUCAGCGGGGUGUGCUACCUGACCAUGGGUCUCCUUGUACUGCUCCUGGGCUUGGUCUUUGCAUCGAUGUAUGUGUACAGAUACUUCUUCAUCACCCAGCUGCCCCGCGAGAGCGUGUUUCACUGCGGCGUCCUUUAUGAAGACUCGCUGUAUUCGCCAUUCAAAGGGCAGCUGGAGUUGCACGAAGAUGUCAAGAUUUACAUUGAGGAGAACUACGAGCAAAUCAAUGUCCCAGUGCCCCAGUUUGGCGGGAGCGACCCUGCGGAUAUCAUCCACGAUUUCCAGCGAGGUCUGACAGCUUAUCAUGACAUAACGCUGGAUAAGUGCUACGUUAUCGAGCUGAACACCACUAUUGUGAUGCCACCUCGCAACCUGUGGGAGCUGCUGGUUAAUGUGAAGAAAGGGACAUACCUGCCUCAGACAUACAUAAUCCAGGAGGAGAUGAUUGCGACUGAGCAUGUCAGUGACAUGGAGCAGCUCGGCUCCUUCAUCUACCGCCUCUGCAGCGGCAAGGAGACUUACAGGCUGAAGCGGAGGAGUGCGAGGAGACGUAUCAGUCGACGCGAGGCUGGAAACUGUCAUCAUAUUCGUCACUUUGAAAACACUUUUGUGGUUGAAACUGUUAUCUGCAAAAAGUCAUGAAGCCACUCUCCAGAUGUAACCUUCCUUGGCUUUGCUUGCAUACACGUGCACACACAUGCUCUCAGCCCUCUCUUUAGACAUGGUAAUCUGUCUUACUUUUUUUACUCCCCUGCUUGUGCAGCUCUAACCUCUUGGGCCUAUUAUGGCCUCACAGUGGAUUCUCUUCUCUCCCUGCUACCUACCUGAGACGUUUGCUGGGCUUAAAUUUACACAGUGGCCGAAGAUAACCUGGGAGUAGAUGCAGCUUCUCCCACACCACAGGGUGGGAAUCUCUUUUGGAAGCAGGUUUGGGGUUGAAGGGGUGGCUGAGAAAUAGGAGUGCUGGAAAUAGGUACUCUUUUCCUGGCUGAGCGAUUUCAGGCUGGUACAGUGCUUUGGGGCUGCCUUGGCACCGGGACAGAAGGUGUAUGCACAAGAGGAGGGUUACCAUUUUGAUGCUGAUGUAAUGACCAAAAAUACAUAACCAGAUGCACUUAAGAAAAGAAGAGAUGUGAGGCUACAGACAGGGUGGUUCAGAAAGCUCAGCAGAGGGAGGGUUUCUGCCCAAACCAUGCUGUGGUGGUCCCAGCUUGCUCUGUGCUGUCCCCCUGAAGACCAGAUUUCAAACAUUGAAAGCAACCACUAUGUAGGGUUUUUUUAUGACUGGCUCCUGGACUCACCCCUCAUCACAUCUCCUCCCGAAUGUGGCAUGGCUCAGCAUGACCCACUGAGCAAUGCAGGGUAUCCUGAUGGGUGUUCAGGGUGGGUAGGAGGCCAGGGUAAGGGGCAAUGAGGUGGGCUGGGAAUGGCACAGCACAGCAUGUCCCUGCUCCAUGCCCACAAAACAGAGGGUGAAGUGCAAGGCUGUGUACCCUUUAACACACAGUUGCAGCGGCUGUGGAUCCAGGGCAGAUCUGCUGUCACUUUGCUCAAGUAAAUAAAGAGGUGAAUCUUUGAUGCAAGGUGCCAAAGCUCCACUGACGUCCCAUCUAUACGCUGUGGCUGUGAGUGGAGCCAGGUGGUUUACUCCAGCCUUGUGUCUGUCCUGGCCAGCCUUCCUUGCUUGGGAAGAUGAGUUAUGUUCAUACGGGGUCUGUCUUCCUGAGUUGUUGAGAUCCCAUCUGUGUGCGGAUAGGGUGCCAUGCCUACAUACAAAGUGGUAUCAGCAGCAGAACUGGUAGUUACUGGCAAGUGUGGAAGCAGAUUUACAUUUUUUUUAACAGAGUGUGUAUUCUUGUAUAACUCCUCAGAUGAAAGCUGUUUUGAUAGUAAUUACUGUAGUCCAGCCAUGUAUCACAUUAACUGCAGGCACCAUUGUAGUACAGAUAUUGAUACAAGGCAAGAUUCAGCUGAUCGAUAUACUGCAGAGAAAUUGUGUGAACGAAACUGCAUUUCUAUUGAUCAUCAGACAGAAGAAUUGCAGAGUAAUUAAAUAUUCUUCCCUCUGUUCUGUAAAUAUAGUUAAAACUAAUUAGGUUCUUGAAAUGCAGGCAGUUUUUUGGCUUGAAAGAAUGGGGUGAGUUUCAACUUGGCACAUUCUUGCUAAUUGGUUUCCAGCAAAUCUGGACUUGUUCACCAUCUGUUGAAAUGAGCUUGUUGUUUUAGAAGAGGAAGGAUAAAAUAAGUGCAAGUACAAUCAUUAACUCAGCAGAACCAAAAAAAGGGAAUAUAUUUUAGAAUAAAACUUUUAAGUAAUAAUACUGGGAGUUAAUUAUGUGAAAACAAAACGGGAUCUCAAAAUGGUCAUGUAAUGCAAUAGGAAUUAGUAUGUCCUUAGAGGCUGAGAAUUUCUUUUUUUCAUAUAAAACAUGGUCAACUAUAAACAUUGUUUCAAUGAGUAAAGGAGGACACUUUGGUUUCAUUCUGCUUUAAGCUUGAUGUAAAAUGAAGAAUUACGUGCACUUCAUGCAGGUUAGUAAGGAAAUUUCCCACUGCCAGAGGGGUAUUUGCUUUUCUAGUGUUGUGUUUUUCCAAUGAUAACUUACUGCUAGCCCUAACCUUUCAUUGUGGAGUGGAUGACAAGAAGUGGGUCAGAGAAUUGGUUCGCUUAAUGGAAGUGCCACAAACUGGUAAAUUUAAGCCCCACGUUUCUCUUCAUUUCUAGGAACGUAAGCUUGCACUCAGGUGAGCAUACAGACCUUUUUCCCUUCCUUUUUAUUCUGCAUGAAUUAACUAGUCAUUGAAUAUGCUAACUCCGUGCAAUCCCGCAGCUGUAAGGACAAACCUUGGUUCUUUAAGGUGAACUAAUGUGGUCACUGUUUCAUAGGAUGAGAAUGCAGUUGUCUAGAAAGAAAACAUAAGAUGCUUUGUAUAUUUUGUCUGGUAGGACUCUUACUUCUUAGGAAAAAUCCAUGGGAUAAUAAAAUCUUUUACCUCUGA